CACAACAUUUAUUUUUCAUGAAGAGCAUAAGCAGCAAUUUGUUUCGAACUUCCCGCAAACGUGAAAUGUGAAAAAGAUUAAAUUGAUCCCAUAGAAAUGUUUACCAAUAGAAAUAGCUCCAUGAGAGCUGGACAGUCACCAUUUAAUGCUACACCACAGGGGAACAGAUCAGUACAGACCAAACGGGUUGCUAGCGUUUUCACGCCAACCAGAAAACAAAAGUCACAGCUGAACAAGUCAGUGUUGCAGGCAUCACAGCUACUGGAAGAAACUUCCAAUUUUAGAGUAGAAAAAUUUGGCUUGCCUUUGCCAGUUUUGAUAACAGAAGCUUUAACCUUUGCUGACAAGAGUACUAGGAUCAGUGUGAAGGUAGAUGAAUGUGGUUGGGCGUGGCUUGUUGGAGGAAGAAAAUUGUUUGUUUGGAGAUAUAAACAAGCACAAGCAGGCAGGAAUAUUUUAUGUAAAGAGUUGACAUUACCUCCAAGUGAUCUUGCUCACAGUGCUGCAAGGGUUUGUGUGAUCCCGAGCUGCGGUGACAGUCAGUCCGCGUCAUGUAUUGCGGUGUCACCAGAGGGCGUUAUCAGAUACUGGUCAAAUGUUGCAUAUGAGGCUUCAUCAAUGGAAAUCAGUGCAGAGCUGAAGGGAGAGGAGUGUGACUGUGUUGUCAAUUUAUCUCCCUUUGGAUGUUUACUGGCAACAACAACAAGUUCUUUGGUGAUGAUAACAACAGUACCUGGACAAAACAGUGUAAGCUGCCACCCUCUGAAAGCUACUCAAGGAAUGUUUGCAGGGAUAGGACGUAGAAUGUCAUCAUUGAUCUUUGGUGGUGCACAAGGACAGACUAUAGGAACAACUCUACAAGCUGUGAUAAGUGGGAGACAUGAAGAAGAUGAGCGGCCUUUCUAUGUACUGUCAGGAACCUAUGUUAACAAAUGGGUCAUUGGAGAUUAUAACAUGGAAAAGUUUCUGUAUCAGAUAGAUGCUGACAGACUAUUUAGAGAAGCCUUGGCAAAGAAAGUUUGGGAUAAAGAUGCUGUACAGAUGACCCAGCUGACAACAUGGAUGUUAGACAUGCAUCUCACAAGCGAUGGCAUUGUUCUUCUGGGAGCAGGAUUUGACUCGGAAAUGGAUCCUGUUGUCCAUUAUGCUUUAGCAACUAUAGACACUGAUUGUAGUGGAACACCAUCUAAAUUAGAGGCUUUUAGAGUACUCCAGUUUACAAAGAGAUACAAUGAGGAGAAUGAGGUUGAUAUACUGGGCUACAGAUUACUGGUUCCUGAAGAUAAUCAAGAUAGUGUGUACCUGUAUAAUGAUUAUACCAUCAUCAUGGACAAUGGAACAGGUGAAAUGUCUGAAGAAUUACCUGCCCCUGGUGGACGCUUACUUGGUGCUGGUAUAUCUGAUAGUACAGCUGUGUUCUUCUCUGUCAGCCAAGGACUCAUCAGCAUUGCCUCCAAUCUCAAACAGAAUCAAAGUAUUCUAGAUGAAGCCACGCAAGAACUUGUAUCCAGGGGUGAUGUGACCCAGUUGGCAACAAGUAGCACCCAGAUAGAGGAGUUGAGCAUGAGUGACGAUAAAUCUGCGAGGUUAAAAGCUGCCUUCCUCAGUGCAUGCAGUGGCAACCUGAAACAAGCUCAGGAUAUUGUGAAUGACCUAUUCCCAGAGAACAUUGUUUCAUCAGGGAACCAGACCACAGAUAUAGAUAGACUGGUUUCUGGCCUCAGUCGUGAUCUCAUAGACGACCCACCAGCCUCGGACCCAAGAUGGGCGGAAAAUGUUAGACCUGAUUCUGGUAGCAGCACCUCUUCUCUGAUAAUUCUCCAACAAUUGAAAGAUAAACAGAGAGCACAUGAGUAUAUCAUCAACUUUCUAAAGAAACUAGAUCUCUGGGAUAAGUUGCGAACUAUAAAAGUAGGAGAUCAACUCAUGUCUACAAAAUUGUUGCUAUGUCAACAUGCUGAACAGCUUCAAGCUGCAUGUAUCCUAAGAGAAAUGCAUACAUCUUAUAGUGAUGUAAUUGAUCCAGCUAUACGUAAAGUGCUAACAACUAGAGGAGAACAAAUGGGUACUGGAUUAUCUCCCCAAGAUCUUUUCUAUAGAGAGGUGUCGCAUGUACAGGAUUUAUUUGAAGCGCUGUUAGAAUAUGAGAGCGAUAUAAUGGCUGGGAAUUUCACACCAUCUGACAUCAUUAACAUUAUUGCUUCAGUCAAUUCUAUAUUAGAGGGAAUGUUGCAUGCAGCCAUAGAUUACCGUCAGAGUAAAAGCAUUAUCUAUGGAACCGGAAUGGAACUUACGCGUACACCGGAAUUUAUGCCGUGGACAUCCACGUCUGGAACAUCUGGGGUCAGAACACUUAUUCAUAAACAGUUCAUGUUGACAUUAGACUCAGCCAUACCAGAGGUUAGAGAUUUAGAAACACGUGAACAGCUGUUUCAGCAUAUGAUAGCAUUAGCUGACAAUAUUCUAGAUGGUUACAACAGCCAGAUUGCCUCAAUAUGUAACAAUGAAGAUAUGGUAGAAUACACAAUGCAGGUUGAGGAACAAUAUAGACAAGAGAGACAUAAUCUGAUUGGUCCUUUCU